AAAAAAUUCUUCAAGUAUAAAAUUAUUUUCAAACUUGUUGGCGGUCUGUAAACAGCUUAAGUUAUUGGAAGUUGUCUAUCCACAGUAAAAAUGGCUCUUGAUUUAACCAAUAUAGGUUCUAUGAAAGUUGUGAGUUUGCCCGGCGGAGAGAAAUCGGAAUUGAAAAAUUUCUGGCAAGAUCAAAAUGUGGCUAUCGUUUUCUUUCGCCGUUGGGGAUGUAUUUUCUGUCGGCUUUGGGCUAAAGAGCUAGAUGAUAUUGCACCGGUUCUCAAGAAUAACAACAUUCGUUUGAUCGGUGUGGGUGUGGAAGAAGCGGGUUCUAAAGAAUUUAUCGACGGAAAGUUUUUCGAUGGCGAACUCUACUACGCUGAAGAUCGCUCAAUUUACCAGAAACUAGGAUUCAAGAGAUUCAAUGUGGUGACAAUUCUCACUUCGUUGCUUUGGAAACAGUCGAGGGAGGCCAUCGCCAAAGGAAAUAAGAUGGGUCUAGGUGGGGAUACCAAAGGUGAUUGGGUGCAAACAGGUGGGAUGUUGUUGGUCGAAAAGGGCGGGAAGUUGAUAAACCAUUUCAAACAGACUGGGCCAAGCGAUCAUUUGUCAAAUGAAGAAAUUUUAAAGUGUUUUGGCUUAGAGCACGAAUACAAUGCUGAGACUAUGGCCAAUAAAAAACGCGAAGACAUGGAAUGCAGCAGGGAUUCCAAGUAAUCGGUAGAUCAGCAGCAGUAGUAUCACCACCAUAGACAUCAUAUAAAAUCACAACAUUUCGUCCAUUCGUCUUAUAAAGUAGAAUUAUAAAAACAUUGUGUAUUUGAGAUUUGUAAUAGUUUUAUGAAUAAAUGAGGCUGUAUAUGGAACGUCUUACUUAAUAGAACGUAGCGAAAAAUAUGUCGAUAAUUUCACAGAAUACUUUUAAAAUCGUAUUUUUUUUAACAAUUUGACUGUUUUAGUAUUCAUCUUUCGAACUUUGCUCUCUAAACAAUAUUCUUCCUAGUACGAAAUUCUACCAACCAACCAGUCCUUGCUAGUUUGUAUAUUUUUGGGCAAGUUAUCUCCAUUUAUUGUAAAAAACCCGUGCGUUGGUAAAUAAAACUCAAACUCGACUUCA